ACUCCCAUAAAACGCUCAUCGAAAGCCCCAAAUUUCGACCAAUUUGUCAAACUCCGGUCCUUGGCGUUGACAGCCUCAAUCACAUUUUUCUUGGAACUGCUUGCAUUUGCAGUCAAAAACAUCAAGCUGAGAUAGUUGUAAAUAGAAUCACUGUACAUACUGUACAAAAAAAGAUGAGUGCGACCGGUCGAACCACCGCCAAGGGUGGUAAGGGGCCUAAAGGCGAUAAAUCUCACAAAACAGAUGGAGGCAAAGGCGGCGGUGAUAAAGUUUCCAAUAAGGAGAAUAUCAAAAUGGAGGUCAGCAUAAAAGAAAAGGUUCAGCAACUUAUGGACUUGACUCAUUUUCCAGAAGAUCAAGUUUGCUGGGCCCUUCAUGAAAGCGAUAACGACAUGAACACGGCCAUGAAUUUUCUAUAUGAAGAAAAUGCCCCACAUGGUGAAUGGGAAACAAAAGACAAGAGGAAGAAAAAACGACAGGCUUCUGCAGGUAAGCAGGAGAAAAAAGACGAUGAAGGAGCCGGAGGCCAGGAAAGUUGGGAUGAAGGCCCAUCUGCCAACACCCCUGGAAACAAUGUUGGCGGAGGAGAUGGCAGGGAAUGGAAGGAGCGCUCGGGCGCACGUAGAGACAAUAGAAGUGGGGGAGGCAAUGGACCGCCGCGACGAUGGCGCGAAGAAGGAAGCGGCGGCCGAGGUGGCGACCGUCGUGGCGGCGGUCGGGGCCUCACCAGAGGCGCUGGAGGAGCACGAGGACGUGGUGGUGGCCGAGCUGGCGGAAGGUAUCCACCUAGGGGAAAUAGGAGUGGCGGAGGACGCGACUACAAUAGGCAGCCAAUCGAAACAUGGGAUAGUUCUAAUACGUGGGAUAACAGCACGGCGGCUGCUGCUCCAACCACCAAUCACGUUAGCAGCACCGAUGAUUGGGAUGAUUUGCAAACAGACGAGUGGUCCACUGAGGAAUACACCGGCAGUCUCGUUGAGACUAAGGUGUUUACUCCCAGUUGCCCGCCAAUAUUGCAGGACAGUGUUUUGGAUACCUCCACUGCGGGCCAAAACUUACCAGCGUUAGAUCAAAAUUUAUCAAGUGCUACGCAUCAGGAUAACACCUACAGUCAGUCGUUGGGUCAGACCUAUAAUCAAACUGUGCCGCAGUUGCCAUCUCAGCCAAGCCCGGUUCCGCCCCUGGUUGGUACGCUUACCCCCGCCCAAACCCAAUAUUUUUCGCAGCUUUCACAACAAAAUAGUGAUGCUCUGGGUAAACCGUAUGUUAAUACAACAACGUACCAAACCCCACAGAACUCUUACGAUGCGAAAACUAAUGUUCCACCGGUAUAUAACAAUACGUCUCAAGUAUACCCAGCGGUGACCCAGGCGUACAGCAACGCUACCCAACAACAGUACGCUAACAACCCUGCCCAAACUUACAGUAACAGCACGCAAUCGUAUAGCAAUGCUGCUCAGCCUUACGGUUCGGCUGUAGCACAACAGCCACCAUACAGCAACAAUACGAGCAGUAACGCGACCUCGCAACAGCCGUACAACGCAACUCAGCCAUCAUACGGCAAUCAGGCGACGACGCCUUAUAAUAGUGCGGUGUCACAGACUUACGGAUCAACACAACCCAGUUAUGGUGGAUCCGCAGGUACCAAUAGUUACGCUGGAACGUACCAGACUGGUGCAACGACUUACGGUGCGGGACAAGAAGUGCAACAAGUGCACCAACCUCAGAGAUCGAAGACUCAGAGGGCGAGAGUACCUCCCCCUUCAAAGAUACCGGCCAGUGCAGUCGAAAUGCCCGGUGAUUUAAAUAGUAGUGUUACGUUCUUGGAUGUGCAGUUCGGAGCGAUGGAUCUCAUUGACACGUCGUUUGACGCAAAUUCCGAAGUCAAGUUCGGUAAUGAACCUAACAGAAACUCAGCAGCAGUUCAAAUGGAUAACUCCAGGUCAACGCCUUCAAGUGCUGAAUUAAAUUCGUCAGGGACAAACAACAGUGGCUGUUUAGGGGCAGACACAGGAUACAGCAGUGGUUCUGCAAAUGCUAACAAUACGGCAAACAGCAAUAUAACUGCGGCUUUGUCACAGGGUCUUGCAAGUUCUGAUAACAGUACAGUGUCGUCGGACCAUUUGAACUACAACAAUACGGCGGCGCCUAGGAGCACUUCACAAGAAAUAGGCUCGUCUGUGACAACAUCAGUCCCUUCGGUGACUACAGCGUCUACUGUAGAAUUGAGCAAACAGCCCACCGAUGGACAGUCAGAGGGUUCUACUAAUGGUUAUUCGUACAGCUCUCAGGCGGCUUCUUACAACGCCUACCAGCAAAAGUCGAAUGUGUACAAUUCCUUGCCCUAUGUAGCAGCACAGGCGACAACAAGUGCCUAUGUCGGCGGUAGCCCAUCGGGGGCUAGCUAUGCGAACCAAGCGAACUCUUAUGCAGCUGGCGUGCAAAAUUCUUCAGCGGGCUCAAACUCGUACGGAAACGCGUACUCAUCCGCUGCGGCUGCAACUCAGGCCUAUCCGGCUGCUGCGUAUGCUUCAGUUACGCAAACCCCUAACUCGUAUCAGACCGGUGGCCAGCCGAGCUACGCAUCUGCUCAGAAUUCGAACAGUCAGUCAGUUUAUGGUGCUAAUGCAGGAUUAAGUAACAACGCUAACUUCCCAUCGGCUUCUAAUCAGUACAACAGUUACAAUUCAACGCCGGCUGUCAGCGGACACAAAUUAGGGUCCAAAGAGAACUCUUACGAUAGUAGCAAUGCAGCAGGAAGCGUUACUAGCACAGCGUCUAGCAACAUUGCUGCGUCCAGUACCGUUGCAAUGUCGUCGCUAAGUCAAACGACGAUGAACAGUAAGACAACAGCGGCGCUAGCCAAAAAUUCUACUAGUGUGAUGUCCAAUAUACCUCCACCUGGAGUAACCCCUGUGAUGAGUACGCCCUACAUAAUGGGACAAGUGCCCUACUUCCAACAACCCGUGUACUCCUUUGAGGAUAUGCAACUGUUGCAGCAACGGUUGCCGCACUUGCCCACCCCUUACUACGACAUCAGUUACCAGACGCCGACAACGCUGGCAACGGUUCGGGACCCGACAGCCGCCCUUGGGGGAUAUGGAGCGGCAACUGGUGAUGGACGCUUCCAGACUGCAGGACGGGCCGGUGAUGGAACAACGUCGCCUGUGCCCGCCGCCUCACAGCAGCAGCAACAGCAACAGCCGCCCAUUUUAGCUGCAGCAGCCGGCACAGCUCCUCCCUACUUCUUUGCGACCGCAUUUAACACUAUCACGGCGGCGCCUCCAAAUUAUCCUCAGUUCGGGACGAUGUAUACGCUGCCUACUGUAACCAACGCUCAUGGAUCCAGUGGCAGUAGUCAGUAUGGGCCAAAACCAGCUACCUACGGCUCAGGCGGGUAUGGGGGUUAUGACUCUUUAGGGCAAUCUGCGCAAGACUAUGCGAAAGGUGGCUAUGCGGUCGGAACAGCUGCCGCUGCUCAACAAGCUGCUCAGAAGGGCCAGACGAACUCUGGCACAACACCGGGAUCGGCCGGCAACGAUAUCAGUGCGAUGUAUGGCAAGUCGCAUGCAGCUCUGAGUAAAGUAAAUUCCUAUGAAAAGCAGGGAUUUCAUUCGGGUACCCCACCGCCUUUCACCGGGGCCCUCAACCAAAGCGCUGGUUUAGCCCCAACUGGUACGGGCUACCCUCCUCAAGUGUACAUCCCAACGAUGCCGCAGCAUCACAACGCCAUGGCCAUGCAUCAGCCUCUGCAUCAGAUGGAUGUGAGGCACCAAGGCAGGCGCGCGGAUUCGGGAAAUUCGAGCGGUCAGAGAUCCCAAGGUUCAAACCAGUCCAAGACAGGUUCCAAGCAGGGCUAUGGUGCCUCUUAUUGGAACCAAAACUAAAUCCCACACGUAGGAGGUCGAUUUGGAACUAAAAUAAAGAAAAUCGGCCGUUUGACUUGAAUCCUCAUUGACAAGGAAACUGCUCACUUCGCCGUCGCUUAUCCCCUAUUCCCACUGUAUGUCCGCCCUUCCUAGUGAAUUUUAUUUGAUAGAUUGUGGUAAACUCAUUGGACAUUUGUUAAAUUAGUGAAUCUAAAUAUGAAAUUUGGCCGAUUACUGGUGGGAAACUGUUGAAGUAUUGCGUGAAAUUGUCUGGUGAACCCUUUAUAUAUACCAAACCUGCAGUUUUUAACGCUUUAUUUGAUAGGGCAUUUAAUAAAGAAAGAACGGAAAACUGCGGACGCGAGAUGUUUAGGUGCUUCACUGCGUCAUUUCACGUUUGGUGAUGGUUCAGUAUUUUCGCGGUAUCAUGAAACUUUCUUCACUGAUGGCAUUAAAUAUUGUCCAUGGCACGGUACAUUUCCUGCGGGCAAUCGGUUAGUUUGCAACUUUUAACAUCAUACAAACGUGGGGUCAGAACUACCACCAUCGCAUAGUAAUGUAUUUAUUCACGUUUACUUUAUUAUGUUAGUGGUAUUGCAUAGCGGAGAGGCAACCAGCCCUGAGUAUAUAUUGGUUUAAUUAUUUUCUAUGGUAAUUUAGCUAGUUUUUUUUUUCAUUUUUUUUCACUGUUAGUAUUGUGCUAGAAUCGUUUUUUUUUAGUUAUUGAUUGGUGUCGUGCAAUCUGAACUUCAGAAGAAAUGUCUUUAAUUUCGUUUGAGAUGUGAACAAGGAAGCUGCCGGAUUGAUUUUUUUGGCAAAGUUUGGCUCUGUUAAGACAACAAACACGGUUUGUCCAGAAAACAGUGAGAAUUCUCAAGGUACACCCGCUGAAAAUUCUAACCGUUUUGCGACGGAAAACUGAAUUGUUUAUUGUUCUUUCAUUUCUUCGAGAUUAUGUAAUUGUAAAAUAACACUAGAUCGUGCAGAUUAAUCAGCAAAUUGUCUAUUUUGAGCAUUGAUAUAUGAUUGCCGCGCGACACUUGCGAAUGUUUGAGGACAAUUGUCGUUCACUCAAACCAAUAUACAACCUAUUUUAGAUGGAUAAGUUUCUGUUWUAUUUUUAAGACGUUGGAAUUAAUAUUAUGUAUUACUUUAUGUAGGGCGAAGUGAUGCUGUAGUUUCGCCUGCGACAGAUAGAAGUCAAUUUACAAAGUCACCAAUAGGGACUUUACUAUCGAAUAACCAGCAAUUUCUUGAAAUCGAAUUGGAUACUAAGGUCCCUUUUUUCUUCCGCCUCAAUUAACACUGAUAAAUUAUUGAUAGUAAUGUGUAAAUAGGGCUUUUAAAAAACAGUAAUUGAAUUUUUCCGAAUGUCCCCACGCCUGUUGAUACAAUUUAGAACUUAGAAUGUUUGGAAAUCCUUUUCCUGCCGAUUAAUAGUAAUUGUCAUAAUAGGUAAAUUGACUUGCCUAUAGUACGCAGUCUUGUGCGACUGACCUCCGGAUGGACUUGUUUGAUUACGCGACGGGUUGGAACCGGCGUCGGGGCGCUCCAAGAGUGUUCGGGCGUUGGUUUCUGAAGAGCCGUAAGACGGAACGUUAAGGGUCGCCGGCUUUCCAUCGACCCGCUGCGGGACUCACGUCAAGUAACAUUCGGACUUUUAUUUUACAUUUAGAUAGAAUUUAAUUGAUAACUAAAUUAUCUUGUGUACCUAUCGCUAAUUUGUAUAAAUACCCACACAAUUAUGUAGACACUGUAUAUGUGUAGUUUUAUUUUGUAAUUGCUAACUUAUGAUGAGACAUUUGAAAGAAUACACAUGAAUAAUAAGUCUGGA